CACGUGUGCGCACCCGGAAGCGGCGGCGGGACCGGCCCGGGCCGGGCGCGGGUACCGGGAACGGAACGGAACGGAACCGAACCGAACCGGACCGGACCGGACCCGACCGGAUCCGACCGGCUCCAGAACCCACCGCCUGUCAGCGGGCCCCGGCGCCGCCCCGGAGCCCCAGGCCAGCAUGAUCCCGGGGCUGGGGCCGGUGCCGCAGGCGCUGCUGGGGACGCUGCUCACCUGGGGGCUGACGGCGGCGGGCUCGGCGCUGGUGUUCGUGUUCUCCAGCGGGCAGAGGCGGAUCCUCGAUGGGAGCCUGGGCUUUGCUGCAGGGGUGAUGCUGGCAGCGUCCUACUGGUCCCUGCUGGCCCCGGCCAUCGAGCUGGCCGAGGAAUCCGGGACCUUUGGGGCCUUCUCCUUCUUCCCUGUGGCCGCGGGCUUUGCCCUGGGGGCAGCGUUCGUGUACGGGGCUGACCUGCUGCUGCCACUGCUGGGGUUCUCUGGCCCUUCCCAUGCUGCCCUGUCCCUGAGCUGGGAGCAGCGAGCCGUGAAGGAGAAGCAGGAGCAGGUCCCCGGCCGGGAUUUCGGGAGCGAGCCGAGCGUGAGGAGCGAGCUGGCCAUCAGGAUAGGUAGAGCUGGGCUCCAGCCAGACAAGGCUGAGAACGGGGAGCCCUACCAGAGGAGGAGGGGAGCGGGGCCCCCCCUGCCCGGGGGCCCCCCAGCAUUCCCAGCACCCCGGGACGGAGCCCCCCAGGCCGGGAGCAGCAGCUGGAGGAGGAUUUUGCUGAUGAUCCUGGCUAUCACCAUCCACAACAUCCCAGAGGGCCUGGCAGUGGGAGUUGGCUUCGGGGCCAUUGGGAAAUCCGAGUCUGCCACAUUCCAAAGUGCCAGGAACUUAGCCAUUGGGAUUGGGGUGCAGAACUUCCCGGAGGGCCUGGCUGUCAGCCUGCCUCUGCGCGGCGCUGGAUUUUCCACGUGGAAAGCCUUCUGGUAUGGGCAGCUGAGCGGGAUGGUGGAGCCCCUGGCCGGGGUCCUGGGCGCCUUCGCCGUGGUGCUGGCGGAGCCGCUCCUGCCCUACGCGCUGGGAUUCGCCGCCGGAGCCAUGGUCUACGUGGUGAUGGACGACAUCAUUCCCGAGGCACAGACCAGUGGCAACGGGAAGUUGGCAUCCUGGACCUCCAUCCUGGGCUUUGUGGUGAUGAUGUCCCUGGAUGUCGGGCUGGGAUAGGGCAGUGCUGCAUUCCCAGGAGGAGACAGCAGAGCCCCGCGCGCCGCGGGAUCGGGAGCCGGACACGCCUUAGCCCGGGACUGGAUCUGUACAUAGAUUUUUGGGAUCUGGUUUGGUGUUGAUUUCCUCUGAUUUUUUUAUCUCCCCCUCCCCUCCGAGUUCCUGGCGAUGGUUUCCAAGCACAAAUAUGGGUGGGUCCUCCCAGAUCCUGGUUUGGUUUUCCUCUUGGAAGGGGCGUUGGAUGACUUGGGCUGGUUUCUCCAAGGAAAGGCAUUUGGGAUUUUGAUCCUCUCUGUUCUGUCAGAGGCUGGGAAUUCCCUGUCCCGUGUGGAGGCUGGUCUGGGGUUAAGCACUGAGGCCUUGAAGUGGAGUAAGCUCCUUAUGGAGUCUGGAAUUCCACCCUUUUUUGGGAAGGUUGGAGGCAUUAGGACUGAUAAGCCAUGGGAUCACAGGUCUUCCACAUCCUGCUGCUCCUCGGGAACGCUGCAGGGAAUUGGUUUGGAUGGAUGGAGAUGGUCCAGGCAAAUAAAGAUGAAUUUUCUUGGGAUCUCUGCAAGAGGGAAAUGUCAUUUUUUCCUGAAUGUAUCUCAGAGGGGCACUGCUGCAAUGCUCCGGGGUUUUCUAUGGGAAAAACACCAGGAAAGGAGGAUUUGAGAGUUUUCCAUGCGGUUCCAUGUGGAGCUGUCCGGCCUGCUCAAGGGAUUCUGGAUUUCAGCUGCUGCUUCCAGUGAUCAGAACUCCCUGAAGAGCUGAGCCAGGCUUGUCCUGCUCACCCUUCACCUGCAGGAAGAGCAGGAGCCGAGCCAGCACCGGAACAUUCCGGGAUGAAUGAAUGAAUGAAUGAAUUAAUUAAUUAAUUAAUGCCUCAGGAUGGAUUAAUUAUCCCACCUGGCGAGCCAGAGCCAUGCAUGGAGUUCCUGCCUCUUCUCCUGAUGCCUCCCAAGCAUUUCUUGUGGAAUGGCUCUUCCUGAGCGCUGAGGAUUGAUGCUGAGGAGUGAAUCCUGCCCAUCCCUGUGCUCCAGGGAGGAGGGAAUUGCCAGGCUUGGAAGGAUGCUGCAAAUCCCAGCUGGCCCUCGCUCUGAUCUCCAGCACAAAGGGCUUCCCCAAACCCCAAACCAUGGGAAUAACUGGAUCACCUGGCUGCCUCCUGCUGCUCAGUCCCCCUGGAAGUGGGGCUGGGAUGUCCCAGAUCCGCCUUCGUCCCGCCGGAGCCAAAGGGAACAGGUUGGAAUAAACUCAGCUCUCCAUUUGGUUUGGUCCUUGUUCUUUGGAUGGAUUUCCUUUGUGUGUCCCUGUGGAUGAUCCAAAGCUCCUGUUUGCUGAUGGAUUUGACCUUUUAACUGUGAUUGCUUUCAAUAAAUGGGAAAUGGAGUUUGCA